GGUGAGAAGAAGUUACUUGGUCAGCCUGGUCUGUCUUGGGAGGAAAACCGGAUUUUGCCUACUGGAAGAAUGCAGUGAAACUGCCAGUAUUUCUAGCCAGAAUUAUUAAUUUAACAUUUAACUUUAGUGUUACUAGUUUCUUACUAAAUAGUACCUCAAAGUAGAAGAAAAAUGUAUGGAAGUGCAAGAACAAUCAGCAACUUGGAAGGAAGUCCCUCCAGGUCUCCCCGCCUGCCAAGGUCCCCUCGCCUGGGCCACAGGCGAACCAGCAGCGGGGGAGGAGGGGGGACAGGGAAGACGUUGUCCAUGGAGAACAUCCAGUCCCUUAACGCAGCCUAUGCAACAUCUGGACCAAUGUACCUGAGUGACCACGAGGGUGUAGCUUCUACUACUUUCCCAAAGGGCACAAUGACUCUUGGAAGGGCUACAAAUCGAGCUGUGUAUGGUGGCCGAGUCACAGCCAUGGGGAGCAGCCCCAAUAUCGCUUCUGCUGGACUGUCACAUACUGAUGUCCUUUCUUACACUGACCAGCACGGAGGGCUGACCACAUCCUCACACCACCACCACCACCAGGUUCCUUCCAUGCUGAGACAGGUUAGGGAUAGCACCAUGUUAGAUCUGCAGGCUCAGCUUAAGGAUCUACAGAGGGAGAACGACCUUCUCAGAAAAGAACUAGACAUUAAGGACAGCAAGCUGGGGUCCUCUAUGAACAGCAUCAAAACUUUCUGGAGUCCUGAGCUAAAGAAAGAGAGAGUAUUGAGGAAAGAAGAAGCAGCCAGAAUGUCAGUUCUUAAAGAACAGAUGAGAGUUUCCCAUGAAGAAAAUCAGUUUUUGGAUGCCAGAAGAACAAAGCAUCUGCAAAUGACAAUCCAGGCACUUCAAGAUGAGCUUAGAACCCAGCGAGACCUUAACCAUCUUCUCCAGCAGGAAAGUGGGAACCGAGGAGCUGAGCAUUUUACCAUUGAGCUCACAGAGGAGAAUUUUCGAAGACUUCAGGCAGAACAUGAUAGACAAGCUAAAGAGCUCUUCCUGUUGAGAAAAACUCUAGAAGAAAUGGAGCUUAGGAUUGAAACACAAAAGCAAACACUAAAUGCCAGAGAUGAAUCAAUAAAAAAGCUUCUAGAGAUGUUGCAAAGUAAAGGUUUGCCUUCUAAAGGAAUGGAAGAUGACAAUGAGAGAACUCGAAGGAUGGCAGAGGCUGAAUCUCAGGUUAAUCAUUUAGAAGUGAUUCUAGAUCAGAAGGAGAAGGAAAACAUGCAUCUUAGAGAGGAAUUGCAUAGAAGAACCCAACUUCAGCCUGAGCCAGCAAAGACGAAGGCUCUGCAAACAGUCAUUGAAAUGAAGGAUACAAAAAUAGCUUCACUUGAGCGCAAUAUAAGAGAUCUUGAAGAUGAAAUACAGAUGUUAAAGACAAAUGGAGUUCUGAAUACAGAGGACCGAGAAGAAGAAAUCAAACAAAUAGAAGUUUACAAGAGUCACUCAAAGUUCAUGAAAAAUAAGAUUGAUCAACUGAAACAAGAGCUCUCAAAGAAAGAAUCAGAACUUCUUGCCUUACAAACUAAGCUUGAAACCCUUAGCAAUCAGAAUUCAGAUUGCAAGCAACACAUUGAAGUGCUUAAAGAGUCCCUUACUGCCAAAGAACAGAGAGCUGCCAUACUUCAGACAGAGGUUGAUGCCUUGCGGUUACGGUUAGAAGAAAAAGAAACCUUUCUGAAUAAAAAAACAAAACAACUUCAAGACCUCACAGAAGAGAAAGGAACCCUUGCUGGAGAAAUUCGUGAUAUGAAAGACAUGUUGGAAGUAAAAGAAAGAAAAAUUAAUGUCCUUCAGAAAAAGAUUGAAAAUCUGCAGGAGCAACUUAGGGACAAAGACAAACAACUAACUAAUCUAAAAGACAGAGUGAAGUCACUGCAGACGGAUUCCAGUAAUACAGACACAGCUCUAGCAACCUUAGAGGAGGCUCUAUCAGAAAAGGAAAGAAUAAUAGAGCGUCUGAAGGAGCAAAGGGAUCGAGAUGACAGAGAAAGACUUGAAGAAAUUGAAUCUUAUAAAAAAGAAAACAAGGACCUGAAGGAGAAAGUUAAUGCUUUACAAGCUGAACUGACAGAAAAAGAGUCUAGUUUAAUCGAUCUCAAAGAACAUGCAUCUUCAUUGGCAUCAGCAGGGCUGAAAAGAGACUCCAAACUUAAGUCUUUAGAAAUAGCCAUAGAACAAAAGAAAGAAGAGUGUAGUAAGUUGGAAGCACAGUUGAAAAAGCAAGCUGAGCAGUUGUUCAAUCAGAUGUACAAUCCAAUGCCAAUUAGGAAUAAUGGGAAGCAAGGGGCUCAUGAAGCUGAAGAGGAGGCACGGAUGAAUCCAGAAUUUGCAGACAGAAUGAAACAGCUUGACAAGGAGGCCUCGUACUAUAGAGAAGAAUGUGGCAAAGCUCAGGCUGAGGUUGACAGACUUCUAGAAAUACUCAAGGAAGUAGAGAAUGAGAAGAAUGACAAAGAUAAGAAAAUUGCUGAGUUAGAAAGCUUGACUUCCAGACAUAUGAAGGACCAAAACAAGAAGGUUGCCAAUCUGAAGCACAAUCAGCAAUUGGAGAAAAAGAAGAAUGCACAGUUGUUGGAAGAAGUUCGUAGGCGAGAGGACAAUAUGACUGACAACUCUCAACAUUUACAAGUAGAAGAGCUGAUGAAUGCACUGGAAAAGACUAGACAAGAAUUAGAUUCUACCAAAGCCCGUCUUGCCUCAACACAGCAGUCUUUGGCUGAAAAAGAAGCACACCUGGCUAACCUGAGAAUAGAGCGAAGAAAACAGCUUGAAGAAAUUCUAGAAAUGAAACAGGAAGCUUUGCUUGCUGCAAUUAGUGAAAAAGAUGCAAAUAUUGCCUUGCUUGAGCUGUCUGCCUCAAAGAAAAAGAAGACGCAAGAUGAAGUAAUGGCUCUUAAACGAGAGAAGGACAGAUUAGUACAUCAGUUAAAACAGCAGACACAAAACAGAAUGAAGCUGAUGGCAGAUAACUAUGAUGAUGACCAUCACCACUACCACCACCAUCACCACCACCACCACCACCGGUCUCCUGGGAGGACACAACACAACCACAGACCCUCUCCAGAUCAGGAUGAUGAGGAGGGUAUAUGGGCAUAG